ACGUCAGGCUCAGCUCACAGAGGCCACCGCCGCCGUGUUCCUCUGUCCCGCGGGCCCCCACCCCACCCGCGUCUUCAACUUCCUGCCUGCCGCUCUUCUCCUUGUUUGUUCCCUUCCGUCUAAUUUGGCUGCGGGUGCAGGUGGAGGCCGAGGCCGAGGCCAACGCCGCCUGCGCCUGGCCUGCCGUGAGGUGGAGGCGGAGGCGGAGGCCGAAGCCAACGCCGCCCGCGCCUGGCCUGCCGUUCCGCGUCAUCUUCUUCCUUCGCGUAACGACGCCGGCCAGGCCAAUAAAUAAACAAUUUCCAAUUCCGUUCCUGGAGGACGUCUGCACGGGGACCUUCCCAGCGGGCGACGGCCGGCUGCAUCCAUGGCGGUGGCCUUCCUGCUGCUGGGAUUGGGUUUCCUCCUUGGCCUCCUCUCCCUGGCGAUCGCGGAGGGGCUGACGCUCCUUUGGGCCAUCCGAAGCCUCACGCGCCGCACAUCGGCCUCACGCAGCACGCCGCCGCCAUCACUCCCCAUCCACCCGACGCCGGCGCGGUCUGUGUCUCGCCACAGCCUCAACCGACAGGACACCUCAUUUCAUCCAUCCACUGCUGCAGUAUUCCACACGUUCACGACCUGUACCUUGACACCUUUCCCAUUCUAUCUACGAGUAAACAGGGCUUCUUAUGGAUGCUGGAGCAACCCAAGGAUAGCAGCAUCAAUGGCGCUAGCCCAGGGAUCAGAGACAGGAAGCUCCUCGUCGAGGUUUUCCCUGUAAAAAUGUCUGCUACGCUUCAAGGACAUUCCCUCACCUUGUCUGGACCCGAUGAUGCCUCGCAGCUAACCAUUGACCUGCUCGGUUGCACAGUUGCUGCUGUUUCUGCAUCCAAUCUGCCCUCACGUAAAUGGGCCAAGAGGUAUCCGAUAAAACUGGAAAGCAAGGAAUCUGGUAUUUGCAGGGGGAGCAAGGUAUGCUAUGUUUAUGCAGACACCUCUUGGGAGAAGGAAUCAUGGUGUAAAGCACUCCGUCUUGCUUCUACUACGGACAAGGACAAACUCAAAUCCCAUGAAAUGCUGACCCAAGAGUUCCGCAGUUACAUGUCCUCUCUGAAAGCUGGAUACCCUUCCUUUCUGGGACCCUCGACACUCUCCAGUCAGGAACAUGUGCUUGUGGACAACACUGUGAAGAAUGAUGGACCUUCAAAACUCCGAGGUUUUCUCAAACGAUUGGUGGGAAAGAAGGCAUCUGCCAAGGCUUCUCAGGAGAGCAAAACAGGUCCGGCGCCAUCUAAACAAGAUACAAGCCAACCCAGUACUCCUAGCUCCACUAUGAGUUUCAACAGCCAGCUACCAGCUUCCCCCAGUGCAAAGGUGGAUGAAAAGCUUGCCGAUGACGGUACACUUUGUUGGAACCUCCUAAUCUCCCGGUUGUUUUUUGAUGCUAAAAUGAAUGAUGAGAUGAACAAAGCCAUCAGAGCACGUAUUCAGCGAACAUUGUCGAACACCAGAACUCCAGCCUACAUUGGUGAGAUCACGCUUACUGACCUCAACCUUGGCAAGCUCCCACCAUCUCUGCACAGAAUGAGAGUCCUCCCACUGGAUUUGGACGAAUCGUGGGCUUUCGAAGUUGACUUCGAGUGUUCUAGUGGAAUACUGCUGCAUAUCGAAACAAGACUUGAGGUUCAGGCGCCAGAGCUGGAAAAGGACAUUAUGAAGACUGAUAUUAGAGGCAAUCCUAAUGGGGACGCGAGUUCAGAUUUCCUUGAUAGUAUUGAGCAAUAUGGUAACCAAUUCGGGCCUUCAGAAGUUUCGGAUUUUGCAGCAGAGGUCAACGAUGAAGCAGAUACCUUAAGGAAAUCAAAGAGCGCUGGGUGGGCAUCAACAUAUAUGUCAAGGUGGAGAAGUAUCUUGAAUUCAAUAGCGGACCAGGUUUCACAGGUGCCGCUAUCAUUGGCGAUUAAAAUUUCUUCAGUUCGUGGAACGAUGCGGAUACAUCUAAAGCCUCCUCCGGGUGAUCGAGUUUGGUAUGGGUUUACGUCCAUGCCGGAGAUAGAGUGGGAGUUGGAAUCAUCGGUUGGGGAUAGGAAGAUAAGCAGCAGUUACAUCGCCUCGCUUAUCGGCAACAGGAUCAAGGCUUCGGUUCGUCAGAUCUUGGUGAUGCCCAACUGUGAAAGCUUUCCUAUUUCCUGGAUGAUAGCAGAUACGGAUGACUGGGUGCCCCGCAGAAUUGCACCUUUUAUAUGGCUGAACCGUGAGCCCGCUGAUAGGCGUGCUGCAGACACAACUAGAGAGAUGAUGCCAGGGGAAGCUUCCACAUCCAAGGCCAUUGCAAAGAACAAGUCGAGUCCGCUGCCGUCUACAAAAAGAAUCACCAACGGUUCCUGGAACAAGACAAAGAUACGUGUUGAUGGGCAAGAGCAAGAGCAGGCAGAAGCAUCAACGAGCUCGCAGUCUUGGCUGGUUUCAGCAAAUGGUGAUGCAACAAGGGAACAGCUGAGGAUGCCACUGCUGAGCAGCAGCGGAGACGAGAGAGCAGGCCCUGUGGAGGAGCAGCAAGCAUCACCUUCUGCUGCUGAGGAGGAGGGAGAUGCGAAGAAGAGGAAGAGGCGUGCACGGGUGAUGGAUCUAGGAAGGAGGAUGGGCGACAAGCUGGAAGAGAAGGGCAAGCGUUUCGUCGGGAAGAUGCGGGAGAACGCGAGGAACAACCGCUUGCUAUUGCCGGACUUGGAGCAGGCCACCACCCCUCCUGCUCCUGCUCCUAGUUAGGCAUUUUAAGGAUGUUACUCGACAAAAUGAAAAUUAAUCAGUUGCAGCGCCUAGCAACAGCUCCUAAUUAGGAGCACUUGUAUUAUGUAAAAGAAAGAAAGAAAAAGCUUAUGAGAUAUGAUUGUACCACACAGAUGGAUGUAUGCAUCUCUCAUCUCACCCACUGAAUUAACACAACAAAAGAAGUCAUUAUUCGUCCA